AUGAAGAUAGAUGAGAGCGGAGAGCACAGAAAGUUGCAAAUUCAAGAAUUGGAACAAAUUCGCAAUGAUGCCUAUGAGAGUGCAAGAUUUUACAAGGAAAAGAUGAAGGCUUUUCACGACAAAAUGAUCUCCAGGAAGGAAUUUAGAAUUGGUCAAAAAGUCCUUCUAUACCAUUCGAGACUUCAAUUGUUUCUAGUUGAAAUACAAAGUUUGGCAAUUUCUAAAGUGUUCAAGGUGAACGGCCAUAGACUUAAACCUUUCUAUGACAGUAUCCAAGUGGAAGAGCUACAACACUGGAUCUUGAAGAUCCAGUCUAUCCCGGUUGAAGAAGGACGCAACCAGUCUAACCAAAGACAAUAA